AUGACAGAACCUAAGCGCCCAAGGGUCUACUUCGACAUUGAGAUUGGUGGUGUCAAACAAGGCAGGAUAGUCUUUGAGCUUUACAAAGAUGUCGUUCCCAAGACAGCCGAGAAUUUUCGCGCGCUCUGUACCGGCGAGAAAGGUGUGGGGAAAAAGGGCCAGCUAUUGAGCUACAAAGGGUCAAUCUUCCACCGAGUCAUCAAGUCUUUCAUGAUCCAGGGUGGUGACUUCACAGCAUUCAAUGGCACGGGAGGCGAGUCCAUCUAUGGCGAAAAAUUUGACGAUGAGAACUUUGAAAUCAAGCAUGAAAAGCCGUUCUUGCUUUCGAUGGCCAAUUCUGGACCAGGCACCAACGGGUCUCAAUUCUUUGUUACGACGGUACCAACACCUCAUCUCGACGGCAAGCACGUGGUAUUUGGCGAAGUCCUCAACGGGAAAAAUAUCGUUAGGAAGAUCGAGAAUCUGCCCACACAGAGCGACACACCCCAGCAGGAGGUUAAAGUGGUAGAUUGCGGCGAAUUAUCUGGCGCAGCCUUUAAUUCGGCAACAGAGAAGGCCCCAGAUUCCACUGGAGACCCGUACGAGGAUUUUCCUGAUGACCAGGGUGCCGAUCUGAAGGGAUCAGAGUAUUUCAAGAUCGCUUCAGAACUCAAGGAGAUGGGGAACAAAGCAUUCAAGGCUGGAGAUAACGAAACAGGCAUCGAAAAAUAUCAGAAAGCACUUCGCUAUCUGAAUGAAUACCCUGAGACAAACGACUCUGAUCCACCUGAGCUGGGAGGCCAGAUGAGGCAGCUCAAGUUCACACUGCACAGUAACUCCGCGCUACUAGCUACAAAAUCCCAGCGGUACCAGGAAGCGCAGAAAUGGGCUGGAUUCGCAUUGGAAGCUGCACCAUCAGAUGUCAAAGAUGUUGACAAGGGCAAGGCGUACUACAGGCGUGCGCUAGCAAAGAUCGGACUGAAGGAUGAUGAGGGUGCGCUGGAGGAUCUGGACCAAGCUGCUAAGCUUGCAGGGAACGACCCCGGCAUCGCCAACGAGCGGACCAAGGUGAAGAAGAGAGUUAGUGAAAGGGAGAAGAAGGAGAGGGCAGCGUUCAAGAAGUUUUUUGAUUGA